AUGAUUUCGCUUUCAUUAGUGGUCAGUAGUUUUACCAAGGGAAAAAGAGUAGUUUACCAAGCCAGGAGCAGGCCUAAAAGAUACUCAAAAGAUAAGCCUUUGGAAUCCAUCAGUCCAGAGAAUGCAGCGUUUAGUAACUCAAUGCAGGAAUUUGCAGAAUUCUUUAUCCCCAAAAGUUCUGCCAUGUACAAUAAAAUCUUUGACAUUGAAAUCGAGCAAAUAAGAUUUCUUGCUUUCCCGAUAGAAUUCCAACAUUCUGAGAAACAGACCAUGAAGGAGAAGAGACAGCAAAGAUAUGUUAAAAAGAUGGGCAUUGAAAAAGCUAAACAAAAGAAUCUCAAAAAACUGAGAUCUUUAAGCUUGGUACUGGCUCUCUCAAUUCCAGAUUUAUCACAAGAUAAUAUUAAUGACUCUCAAGACGACAAUGACACUGAUAUAAAGCAUUUCAUGAAUAAAUUAAGGAAUUAUACAUGCCAAUUCGAGUAUUUCGAGUACAAUAGCGCUUACCUCCAAAAACAGACCAACAAGAUCCUCUCAAUCAGAGACAACGGAGUUGAGAUGGGUCUUUCUGAAGAAGAAAUUAAUGAGACCAUUUUCAAAGAGAACGAGCUUGCUCGUAAACUUCAUGUAAUGUUCGAAGGAAUUGACCCUAAAAUCUUCCAAGAUCUUGACUUCAGCAACAAAGUGUGUGUCAAGCCAACACAGACUUUACUAUUCCACGACAUUGAAAAGACUCUCUCAACGCUUCCUUCAGAUACAUCUCGGCUAUUAGUAACAGUUAUUACUUGAAUCUCUCCUCUAAAGAGCUUCUCUGAGAUUUGUCUUGAAACAGAACUUAGCAUAGAUGAAGUGCUCAGAUGCGCGAAGCAUCUCCUUUACUGGAACCAAGCUAAACUAAUCUACCCGAUCAGGAUCAACAUCAAGGACAAGGAGGGGGUCAUUCAAGACCUUAGCAACAUCUACAGAGUCAGUGACAAAGCAGUUACCAGUAACGAUUCAAUUAUCAAAUUUGACCAAUUCCUGAAAUCAAACAAAAUCAGGAAGACUUAUUCUCUCCAAGAAUAUCUCUGAAUCUUCUCCAUGACUCAGAGGGAGAAGGACAAAAUUGAGAAGGAAUUUUCAGACCAACAAGAGCUUGACAUGACUAUUGCUUACCUUCUCAGAAAUGACAUGAUCUGUGAAAACUUUUACUGUUAUUACCUGAUUUUGCCCCUAAAAAGCGAAAAAGAUUCAACAAUUUAUACUCCAAAGAGGAAAAUCUCAAAGAGCACUACACGCAAAAAGAUUAGGAAAACCACCAUUGAUAGUUCGAUAAACUAUAUGAAAUCCUUAAAAGAGAAGAAACGAAGCAAUUCUCCUAGUCCUAAUAGUCAGGAGCUUGAAUGAAUAGAAGAUUAUGGAUCCGAUGAAAUGGACUCUGAAAUUUACAAAGAAACCCAACUGAAAGAGGAGAUAUGCUUUGAAGAUUACAUUCAAUUUAGAGAACCAAGAAAGCACAGAAGAGAUUUGCUUAUUUUCAUGGCUCCUCUUCUUAGAAAAGGAGCAUAUACUCUCCAGGAAAUUUCCAGUAUUGUAGACAAGCCUUCGAAAAGACUCAAAGAGUUUCUUGACGAAUACAGUGAUUGAAUAUGUAGCAUUCUCCAUGAAUAAUUUCAAUCCUCUUAA